GUCGCGCCUCCGCCUCAGCUCUGGUUCCAGCCGAGCCUCACCGGCGCCGCGAUGGAAAUCCCGAGGCCGCUCCCGGCUCGCGGGACGCCACAGGGCGGCGGCGGCGGCGUCGGUGGAGGCGGCGGCGGCGGCGGCGGCGGUGGAGGCGGCGGCUGCGUCCCGGGCGGUGGCGGCGGCGGCGGCGGGGGCGGCGGUCCGGGCGGCGGCGGCGGCCGUGGCGGCUGCUGCCCCGCGGGUGGCGGCGGGGUCCACCGCGCCCCGGACUCUCUGGCUCGUCAGGCCCCCGCGCGCUGCCUCCUCCUGCUCCGGGGGACCCAAGAUGGCGGGCCGCGGAGCGCCGAGGCCCACAGGGCCUCACGGGGCCUGGGCCCGAGCCCCAGCCCCGACCGCUCGGCGCCGAGGCCGGAUCACCGGAGCGGCGGCGGCGGCCGUGGUGUCGGCGGCGGCGAGGACUUCUUCCUGUUGCUGCUUGACCCGGUGGGUGGCGAUGUGGAAGCAGCGGGCGCGGAGCAGGCCAGAGGGCCGGGGUGGAGGGAGGAGGCCCGGGCAGGCCCGCGGCCCGAGCGGCGCGACAGCGGGGCGACCCCGGCGGGCCGGCCCGAGCCGGGGCCCCGCCGCCUGCCGGCCGUCGCGGCUCCGUCUCCGCUGCCCGCGGCGGGCCCGAGCCCCGGCCCGGCGGCGGCGGCGGCGGCCUUCGCGGGCACCAUCACUCUGCACAACCAGGACCUGCUGCUGCGCCUGGAGAACGGCGUCCUCACCCUGACCACGCCCCCGCUGCCCGCCUGGGAGCCGGGGGUCGCGCCUUUCCCGGGGCAGCCGCCGCCGGGCGCCCUGGGGGCCCCGCAGGCCGGCCUCCCGCCCGCCGCCGCCGUGGGCGACUGCCCGGAGCUGCCCCCGGACCUCCUGCUGGCGGAGCCGGCGGAGCCCGCGCCCUGCCCAGCGCCUCCGGAGGAGGAGGCCGAGGCCCCGGCCGCCGCCCAGAGCCCCCGCGGGCCUCUGGUCGCGGGCCCGGGCGUGGUGCUGUACCUGUGCCCGGAGGCGCAGUGCGGACAGACCUUCGCCAAGAAGCACCAGCUGAAGGUGCACCUGCUGACGCACAGCAGCAGCCGCGGCCAGCGGCCCUUCAAGUGCCCCCUGAGCGGCUGCGGCUGGACCUUCACCACGUCCUACAAGCUCAAGAGACACCUGCAGUCGCACGACAAGCUGCGGCCGUUCGGCUGCCCCGUGGAGGGCUGCGGCAAGAGCUUCACCACCGUGUACAACCUCAAAGCGCACAUGAAGGGGCACGAGCAGGAGAACUCCUUCAAGUGCGAGGUGUGCGAGGAGAGCUUCCCCACGCAGGCCAAGCUCAGCACCCACCAGCGCAGCCACUUCGAGCCCGAGAGGCCUUACCAGUGCGCCUUUUCUGGCUGCAAGAAGACGUUCAUUACCGUGAGCGCCCUGUUUUCGCACAACCGCGCCCAUUUCAGGGAACAGGAACUCUUCGCCUGCUCCUUCCCUGGCUGCAGCAAGCAGUACGACAAGGCCUGCAGGCUCAAGAUCCACCUGCGGAGCCACACCGGAGAGAGACCUUUCCUCUGUGACUUCGACGGCUGCGGCUGGAACUUCACCAGCAUGUCCAAGCUCUUGAGGCACAAGAGGAAGCACGAGGACGACCGCAGGUUCACCUGCCCCGUGGAGGGCUGUGGGAAGUCCUUCACCAGGGCCGAGCACCUCAAGGGCCACAGCAUCACCCACCUGGGCACGAAGCCUUUCGUGUGCCCCGUGGAGGGCUGCUGCGCCAGGUUCUCUGCCCGGAGCAGCCUCUACAUCCACUCCAAGAAGCACUUGCAGGACGUGGGCACGUGGAAGAGCCGCUGCCCCGUCUCCACCUGUAACAGACUCUUCACCUCCAAGCACAGCAUGAAAACCCACAUGGCCAAGAGGCACAACCUCAGCCAGGACCUCCUGGCCCAGCUAGAAGCUGCGAACUCUCUCACGCCCAGCAGUGAGCUCACCGGCCAGGGGCAGAGCGACCUCGGUGGCGCGGAGCUGGUGUCUCUGUUCUCUGAGGUGCCUGGCCACGGUUCUGCCGCGGUGCUGGACACAGCCUUGGUCAACUCUGGGAUCCUGACCAUCGAUGUGGCCUCCGUGAACUCGACCCUCACGGGGAGCCUCCCUGCCGAUAAUAGCCACAGCCAUAGCCAUUCCUUAGGACAAGCGGUGGACCCGCGCGGCUUGAGGGGGACCCCCGGUGACCUCCCCCAGAGCCUGGAUACCUCUCUCUUCUUCGGGACCUCGGUGGCCGGUUAUCAGCAGGGCCCCUUAGACAUGGAUGACGUCUCCGCCGGGAACGUGGGGCUCUUUGGCUCUCUGGCUCUGAAAAGCUCCAGCCUGGAGCCCCAGGCUUUGACGCCCAGCAAUAAGUUAACCGUGGACACGGAAGCUCUGACUCCCUCCAGCACCCUGUGUGAAAACAGUGUCUCAGAGCUACUGACCCCGGCCAAAGCGGAGUGGAACAUGCACCCCGAAUCGGACUUCUUUGGCCACGAGGAGGAAACCCAGUUCGCCUUCUCCCAUCCAGCAGGAAGCCAUGGUUCUCAGAAAGAAACAGACCUCAUCGCGGUGACUGGCACCCCGUUUUUGAUGGAGACCAACAACUGGACCCAAUGGAAAUAUCAGUGGAUCAUGGUUGCCCAGCCUCAGUGGAUACAUCUCCAUUACAGCUUCUGCAUCUAUGGUUCAGGGAACAUCACCAAAGAAGGGGCAGAAGACUAUAACAGACAGAAUCUCAGGAAGCCUUCUGUGAAACAGUCUCUUCUAGAAAUGGCUGCAUAAAUACAACUGGAACAACAGCAACAUCCAAAGACAUACUAAUGUGCCAGGGGGUUCAUGCCCCCAGAAAAAGAACUACAAGCAAAUAAAGACUGCCAUGAGGAGAAUUAGCCUUUCCAAGAGAUGAGCCUCCUCAUUAACCAAUUCCCUAAGUCCAUACACACAAAAGGAACAAGAAUGAACUCAGCAGGUUGAUUUAUAUAUUUGUACAUAUAUAUAUAUAUAUAUAUACACACAUACAUGUAUACAUAUAUCUGUAGCAUUAAUAAUCAAAGAAAAAGAUGCUGUCAACUUGAGAGUGGAAAAGAGGAACAUGGGGUGGAUUGGAGGGAUGGUAGCUGAGAGGAGCUAGAAGUCAGAAAGGGAAGAGGAAAAUGAUGUAAGUAUAUUUUAAUAAAAAUCAUUAAAAAAUUUAAAUAUGUUACUACAGGCCUGUCAAUGUAUAUUAAAUAAAUAUUAAAAAUUUUCUUUUUAUAUCUAUGAGUGUUUGCCUGCAUGAUAUAGUGCUACCAAUAAAGGUCGGAAGAAAAGAUCAAAUUGCCUGGAAAUGGAAAUAACAGCAGUUGGAAGCCAGCAUAUGGGUGCUGAGAACCAAACUCAGAUACUCUGCAAAAGUAGGAAAUGCGUUUUCUUUUUCUUUCUUUCUUUCUUUCUUUCUUUCUUUCUUUCUUUCUUUCUUUCUUUCUUUCUUUCUUUUCCUGC